GUCACUCCAGCCGGGUCCCCUCCAGCCUGUGUCUCACCCCAGGGUGGUGUCCUCAGUGGGGGGCAAUGUACAGCGAGUGGGGAAACUGAGUCACGCGGGGGGUGGCAGAAGUGCCCAUGCCCAUGGGAGUGGGGCACCUGGUGCCCUUUUGGGGAUGGGGAAAAGGAGGGAAGGGAGUUUGGGGGCAGGCGUGUUGGGGGGGGUUGCCCUUACCAGCAUCGGCCUGACAUAUUCUUGCCCCCCCCACCCCCGCAGGCUCCAGGCUGUUGUAACCAGGACCCCCCCGGCCCCCCCGAUGCCCGGGCUGCAGCAUGGGUCAGCUGCAGCGCUGCCUGGCGCGCGGGGAGUAUGGGCAGCUGCAGAAGUGCCCGCUCUUCGAGAGUGACUUCCUCCAGGUAACCAAGAGCGGGGACGUGGCCAGCCGGGUGACCCUGGGCAUCGCCGCCACCAGCCCCCGCCUGGAGCUGCCUGACCUCCUGCUGCUGGCGCGGCCCGUCCUGGCGCCCCUGGUGGGGCCCUGCUGCUGCCGCUGUGCCGAGGGGCUGCCCCCGCUGGGGGAGGAGCUCGAGCUCUUUGGGCUGCUGCCCCUGCGCUUCGUGCGGCUCUCCAUCCACGACGAACUCCGGCACCGGCUCAAGGUGCGUCUGGCCUCGGGCCGCACCUUCUACCUGCAGCUCCUGGCGCCGCCCACCCAGCUGGAGCGAGUCUUCGGGCAGUGGGUGCGACUGCUGUACCACCUGCGCUACCAGCGGCCUGGCGCCUGGGACAGGUGAUAUUCAAACCCCUUGGGGAAGAAAAGGGGGUGCAGGGCAGGCGCCCCCCCGGAAACCAGACACACAGGACUGGGGGUGGGUGGGGCCUCGCGCUCCUCCCCCGAGGGUAAACCCUAAGACACACCAAUAAAAAGCGAGACUCCAG